AUGGCCCUUAAGCCAAGUGGUCACAGCACAUCCUUCGCGAUAGACAGCAUUUUAAACAGCAGUCUGAAUCGAAAUAGACUCAGUGAAGAGUUGUCAACAGGGAAGAUGUCUGUGGAUUCUGCUUGCAGUCCAAUCAAAUUCACCCCAGAGUCGGAUGAAGGCCUCUCUGCCAAUACCACCUCUUCGGCUUCUAUAACUAUCUCUCCCACACAGUCAGAUGUUCCAAUACUACAUCCGAAACCACCAGCGUUUCCGCCCCCAACUUCCCUGCUGCCGCCAUUUCAAAUUUCUCCUUACAGAUUCACUUCAAACCCUUUCGAAUUCCGUCGAAGCAGCCUGUACAAAUAUUUUUCCUCUCAUCCACAUAAUCUUUCUCAUCCAAAUGUACCGCCCUCCAUGGAUCAUGGCGAUGAAGGUGACGACGAGGACGACGGUGGAGUAAUCACUCCUUCAAACUCUUUGCAUUUUCGCACAUUUGAAUUGCGCCGUCGUCGCACAUCCACACCUUCUAUUACAUCACUUUCUGGGGUUGCAGAUGCCACUCGCAGGAAACGCGCUCGUGUUUCCUUCUCUUCCAGUCAGGUUCAUGUACUGGAAGAGCGAUUUGAUCGGCAAAAGUAUCUCAGCAGUGCAGAACGCGCAGAGAUGUCACGAGACCUGGGGCUCUCUGAAACUCAGGUGAAAAUAUGGUUCCAGAAUCGACGCUACAAGACGAAAAAACGAGCCUUACAGGAGGCAGUGGAGCUGCAACGCUGUGAUACUGCGAUGGACGGUGUGUCAAGUUUGUACCAUUUUGCGUCACCGGCUGUUCCAUCUACUGGAGAGGUUCCAGAAAGCCAAAGAACUUUUCCACUGCCUCUCAGCGUACCGAUAUCCCCCAAUGAAGCAAUUCAAGAGCGAAUUGUGCAGAUUAUUCGCGAAUACGGUCCCAUCCCUUCCUCUCCGUGGAUGCUUCGGAAAAAUGAAGAACGAAAUGAGAAUGAAUCGAUUAAAGCACGCUGCUAUCGGUGA